AUGACAGAAAUCCCAACCUUCCACAAUCUCUCCCUCGAAAGACAUGGGAAUGUAAACCCCCCGGAGAACCGGUUGAACUCAUCGUAUUGUCAGGAGAUGAUACGGGCCUAUCGCUCCAUAGAAAGAAUCUUGGGCUCCGACUCAGAAGGAGCAGUAAUUACGCGGGGCAAUGAUGCCAAAUUCUGGUGCACUGGACUCGAGUUAGAUGAAUCAGACCACAAUCCAUUUGCCAAUACAGAUGGAUUCUAUCCACUCAUCCACACGAUCCUCGACUUCCCAUUCCCAACAAUCGCUCUUCUAACCGGCCACACCUUCGGUGGUGCCUGCCCACUCGCCCUGGCACACGACUACCGAAUCAUGAACUCCCGCCGUGGCUUUAUCUCUAUGCCACCUGUGAACCUGGGCCUUCACUUCGACGGAAUCGGUUCACUGCCUCGUCUCAAGCUGCGUCCACAGAUUGCGCGUAAGAUGUUGCUUGAGGCGCAUAGGUGGACUGGACCUGAAGCACUGGAAGAUGGGAUUGUGGAUGCUGUUGCAGAGCCGGAGGAGAUGCUGAAUGCUGCUUUAGAAUUGGGGGCGAAAUGGGCGCCUAAAGCAAAGAUGGGAGUGUAUGCUUUGCUUCGUCGGGAGCUUUGGGGGGAUGCUAUUGAGAAGUUUCAGCGUAUUAGUUAUGUUCAUAGUCGGGUGACUUCGGCGCCUGCUAAGGUCAAGAUUUGA